AUGAGUGAUAAUUGUUCUUAUAUUACAGAUAGUGUUGUGACUGUUAAUUCUACUUGUUCCGUUAUUAAUGAACCAGUUCAAUUAUCCUUCACCACCAUUGAAGAAGAAGUUGGAAUGCUUCAAAGAAAAAAUAAAAUAUGUGGUGCCAUCAAACAUCUUAUGCAUCAAACAAAUCAAGGUUCACAAUUUGUUGAUUUGUCUGUUGACCCAGCUCUUAGUGAUAAAUGUUUCAUUAUUGAAGUUGGUUCAUAUUUAAAAACAAUACAAGAAUUAGUAACAGACUUGAUAACCGAAUGCAACCGUACAUUAGAAGAAAUGCCAUCAUGCUUAACAACAGAUAAUGAUAUCCAAUCAUCUGAAUUAGUUACAUGUCGUGAUCCAUCGACAAAGAACAAGUUUAAAAAGGACACGUGUCAUUUUACCAAGAAAUGGUAUCAAGAAUAUCCACUUAUUGAAUACAGUCCAGUAACGAACAGUGCAUAUUGUUUUUGUUGUCGAUUAUUUGGCGGUGGACCAGGUAACGGGCAGGAGGAAGAUGCAUGGACAACAACAGGAGUUAAACAAUGGGACAAAAUGAAGGGUAGUCGGGGCAAAAACAAAAGUGGCAAAUUAGAAACUCAUUUUAAAAGUGAUUCACAUUUUUUAUCAUUAAAGCGUUACUUGAAUUUUAAAAAUCGAAGAAAUAAUAUAGAUUACAUAUUGGAUGCAAAUAUACAACAACGUGAACAAUUGAAAAUUCAGAUAGCUAAAUCUAAUCGAGCUGCUGUUAAAGUGCUGAUUGACUGUGCACGUUAUCUAUCAAGACAAGAUUUAGCAUUUAGAGGUCAUACAGACGAAGAUGGUAAUUAUUUUCAAUUGGUUAAUCUGUUGGCUAAAUAUAAUCCAUUUAUUCAACACUGGCUAUCUGAUGCUCAAAAUAGAUCAUAUAAGGUGACAUACAUGUCAAAAGAUUCACAAAAUGAAUUUAUUCAAUUGAUUGGUGAAAUAAUGCUCGAUAAGAUUUUAAAGGAAAUUAAAUCAGCUCGUUAUUAUUCGCUAAUGGCUGAUUCAACACCUGAUUCCAAUAGACAAGAUAUGUUUAGUAUAUUUAUUAGAUAUGUUGAUGAAAAUCUAAUACCAAAAGAAAGAUUAAUUUCGAUAAAAGAAACAAUUGCAAAAACUGGUAAGUUACCUUAUGAAAAAAGUUAUUGA